AAUGACAUUUACAAAGUUGGAGCCGUGUUGAAAUUCUCCUGCAGACAAAGACAUAGAAUUGUUGGAGCCGAUUCAGUUCAGUGCUACCACUUUGGAUGGUCCCCUGGUUUUCCAACAUGUAAAGCUGAAGUAAGAUCGUGUGGUCCACCUCCUCAACUCCCGAAUGGGGAAGUUAAAGAAACACAGAAGCAAGAAUAUGGACACAGGGAAGUGGUAGAGUGUGUUUGCCAUCCUGGAUUUCUGCUGAAGGGUUCUAACAAAAUUCAAUGCGUUGAUGGAGAAUGGACCACCUUGCCUACGUGUAUUGAGGAGGACAGUACAUGUGGAGAUGUACCUGACCUUGAUCAUGGCUAUGUCGAGCCUUCUGGCCCUCCCUAUCGCCAUGGAGACUCAGUAGAGUUCACUUGCAGAGAAGCAUUUACAAUGAUUGGACACAAGUCAAUUAUGUGUAUUCGUGGAACGUGGACCCAACUUCCACAGUGCAUUGCAACAGAUGAACUUGCGAAGUGUAAAUGGUCAAAGUUAAUUACACGUGAGGAAAGCUAUUCACAUAAGAUUGAAUUUAAUCAUAACGCCAACAUAAGUUACAAAUGUAGAGGAAAAUACAAACACUCAACCUGCGUAAAUGGAAGAUGGGAGCCUGAAGUAACAUGCACGGGUAAGCUCUUAUUUGCAAUCUUUUUAAAGUUUUAUUCUAUUUCUUCCUAACUUGUAAAAGUAAUAUAUGUGUCUUUCUAAAAAUU